AUGGCGAGCGCGGGCGCGCAGUACCGCGGCGGCACGCAGCAGUGGGCCGCGGCCUACGCGCCGCAGCCCUGUCGCUACCCGCCGCCGCAGCCGCAGCCCUACGCGGCGGCGCCCAGCCCCUACACGCCGCACCAGUACACGGGCGCGGCGAUGAGCGGCGGGUGCGGUGCUACUGGUGCGCGCGUACCGACCGCCGCGUCACCAGCCAACACGGCUUCUUCCUCCUCGUCCAACACAGGGUCGGCGGGAGGGACGCGCUCUACCAGCCUUAGCACCGCCCCUCCACCGCCAGCGUCCUCCGCCUCCACCACUGGCGCAGCCGGCGAGCAGCUGAGCCGCACCAACCUCUACAUCCGUGGCCUCAGCCAGAACACCACCGACAAGGACCUCGUCCAGAUGUGCCAGAUGUACGGAAACAUUAUUUCAACAAAAGCAAUAUUGGAUAAAAAUACGAAUAAAUGUAAAGGUUAUGGUUUUGUAGAUUUCGAAACGAUCGCGUCGGCGGAGGCAGCUGUUAAAGGAUUACAAGCCAAAGGUGUUCAGGCCCAGAUGGCUAAAGUGGGUAUCUGGUUCCUGCGUAGACUGAACCGUCAACAGGAGCAAGACCCCACCAACCUGUAUAUGGCCAAUCUACCACCACACUUCAAGGAGAAUGACGUUGAUCAGCUUCUGGCCAAGUUCGGGCAGGUUGUGUCCACGCGGAUCUUGCGCGACACACACGGCCAUAGCAAAGGUGUCGGCUUCGCAAGAAUGGAGUCCAGAGAAAAGUGCGAGCAGAUAAUUCAAAUGUUUAAUGGCAACUCUAUACCGGGCGCCAAAGAACCCCUGUUAGUAAAGUUUGCCGACGGCGGGAACAAGAAAAAGGCGCUUUAUAAUAAGCAAAAUGACAACAACGGCAGAGUAUGGCGGGACAACAACGAAUCCAUCACACAGGCGAUGAGCGUGAGCGGCGUGUACGCCGGCGGCGUGGGCGCGGCGGGCGCGGGCGAGUGCGCGGGCGUGUACCGCGGCGGCGGCGUGUACGGCGUGGCGUACCACCCGCAGCUGCACGCGCACCCGGCCGCCUGGCUCACGCCGUACGCCGCGCUGCUGCCGCCCGCGCACGCGCCGCACCACGCGCACGCCGCGCACGCUGCGCACGCGCCGCACCCCGCCCACAUACCCAUCGACUCCGUGCCCAGCCAAUACGUAAACUGGGACAGCUUAAGGCCGGAAAAUGAAUUAUACUAUUUCCCGUCGCAUCCGUACCAGUUCUUCGCGGGCCCCACGCCGCCGAUCAUCCAGAUGCCGAUGGAGAGCGAGCACGCUUCGACGGCGGCGUCACCCGACGAGGCCUACCAACCCUACCCUCCACCCAAGUAG